AUGAGAAUGUUUAGAUUUUUUGCUCUUUUAUAUCUUUCCUCUCUGAUAGGCACUAUUGAUAUUAUAAAUUUUAUUCCAUUUGGUAUUGAAUAUAAUGAUAAAAUCUUUGAACAAGAACUUAACAAUAUAACUGAUCCAAUAUUAAUCUCUAUUCGAUAUUCUUUCUUUAAUCAAUAUUAUGAUCAAAUUCGUAUUUCCUGUCAUGGUUUAAUUAUAUUAAGAAAUAAUAGUUGUUUAUCGUCGCUUAAAGCACCCAAUCAAUUUUCUCUUCAAGAUUUGGUAUAUGUCACAACGUAUUGGAUUGAUACAAAUAUCACAGACGAUUCAAUUAGUAAGAUUUUUUAUCGUGAAAUAUUACUUAAGAACAAACCUAAUACUCUUUCGCAAAUAAGUGAAACUCUACGUAAUGGAUUUUUUAAAUUAGCUGCUCAACGAAUGUUCUGGGCGUUUGUUAUCACAUGGUAUCAAGUACGUAAUAGUAAAAAUUGUACAGAUAAAAAUACUUAUCAAGCAAUGUUAACUACGAAUGGAUUUUAUUCAUUUAUUUUAUUUACCUAUCAUCAAUUACAAUGGUUAGAGAAUUCAUCAUGUAUUCAUUUACAAAUUAGAUUUAAUACUGAUGAUAACAUUAAAUAUUAUAAAUUAAAAAAAUCUUUUUCACCUGCAGUAAUAAGUUUUGUUAAUGAUUCAAAUAUUGGUAUACCGGAUCAAUUUGUUUUUCAUAUAUCAGGAAAUUUUAGUGAUAUACAAUGUAUAACAUCUACUAGUUUACAAAUUUCUCCAUUUCGAGACUCAAUUUAUAGUAGAUAUGAAUUUCAAUUGCAUGAUAUUAAAAUAAAAAUCGAACUAUAUGAUCGAGAAGAUAAAAUUUUGAUUGAUUCUACUGAAUUUCUUGCUCAUGUAUCAGAAGAUCAUGGUGAAUUAAUAUUAAGUAAUUAUGGUAAUCUCACUCAUCAAAUAGUUGAUCCUAAUAAUAAUGAAUUAAUUCUUCAACUUCAAUCGAAUGUUAUUACAUGUAAAUAUCUUUUUGAGAUUGUUAUAUAUGAUUAUAUCGGACAAUUAUCAUCUGAUAAUAAAAUUCUUUAUAAUCAUACUCAACAUCGUAUUGAUCUAGGAUUAGAUUAUUUUAAUUUAUCUUCUAUUGGUAAUAAUAUGAUUUGUCCUGUAAAAACAGAUCCGAAUGAUCAUGUUCAUGCAUUACAAAUUUCAUUUAAAAUGAAAAAAAUUCGUCAAUGGUUUCAUUCGGCUCUUUUAAUAGGUACUAAAAUCUUUACAGCUGCAACAUCAUUAUAUGCUGCUUAUUGUCCAGCUUGGUUAUUGAUGCAAGGUGAUCCAAAUCAAUAUAUUAAACAAAUUCCAGUUUGUCCUUGUCAAGUGCCAUCACAACCAUGGCUUGAAGAAUUUAUGGGUUUUCGAAUUGAUGAAGGAUGUGAUGGUCGAAAACCUAUUAAAGAAACAUGUCAUUAUCAUAGAAAAGCUAGAAGUUGUUAUCGAAAAAAAUCGGAUAGAAGUUGGUCUGGUGCUCAAUGUUGUUAUGAUGAACAAGGUAAAUUUAUCGAACAUGGAAAAGAAGGUGCUGGAACACUUGAUGUUAUUUCACCAGAUGGAAACGGUUGGUUUGAAAAACGUUUAGGUAUGUUUGGUCAUUUAUUUUCUGAUUUUCUAUCGUAUUGGUCAUGUUGUCGAAAUUCUUUAACGAGUGAAGCAAUGUGCAAAGCUUAUUAUCAUUAUCGUCCUGCAGGACGAUGUGAAAACAUGACAUCAGAAUUAAUUGAAAUGCAUAGAAAUCCUUAUUUUGUUAUACUCAAUAGUAUGUCAUAUAAAUUUCGAGAACAAGGUGAAUAUAUAUUAUUAUCUCUUCCAAAACCGAAUGAAUUGGAAGUUCAAGUACGUCUUACAUCUAAUGGUGACAAUAAUAGGACAGAUUCAAUGAUUGGUAUUAUUGCUUUUGUAGAAGCUAAAAAACAUAUUCAAUUUGAACUUUUUCCGAUGUAUCAAUUUCUCGAUAUUCGUAUUGAUACACAACUCAUUAAAUUACCGGAUGAAGAAUUUUUUGUACCGAUGCUUAUUUAUGAAGAUGAACAUAUGAAAAUUAAAUGUAAAGUUAAUGGUACAUUUAAAAUUUGGUUUCAUGGAAGUCAUCUUCGAUUUCGUGCACAUAUUCGUCUAACAUUCGACUUUUGUGAACUUGAGAUACUAUUAGAACAAGAAAAGUUUAGGGAAUUAUCUAUACCAUCGUUUGGUUUACUUGAUGAUAUUAAUGGUCUUAUGUUUUCUAAUGGAACAAAAAUAUUAAUCAAUAAAUCUGAUGAAAAUAUUUUAUUCGAAUAUGAUCAAUCAUGGCGUAUAUCACAGAAUACAUCACUUUUUUAUUAUUCAUUUGACAAUAUCGAUCAUCGUCGACCAUUGUCUUCCGACAUUGGAUCCAAUUCUCUGGAACGAAUCUUUGAAGAAACUAAUAAUAAUGUUACAUUAACCCAAUAA